AUGGAAUAUCGUGAUAUAAAGCCAAGAUAUAAAAUUCUAAAGGAAUUGUUAGAUAAAUACAAAACAUCAUCAAAACGUAUUUAUCAAAUCUGGAGAGGCGAAGAAGCUAAAAAAGUUACUUGGGAUCAACCUAUACCUCAAUUUUUUAAUGAAAAUAAUAUAAACUUUAGUGAGAUUAGUAUGGUAAUUUCUCCUGAGACAAAUUCUAAUUUACAUUUUAAUAAAGAUGAUACGAUCAAUACAUUUCAGAAUAAAGUCUCCCCUGAGAUAGAUUCUAAUUUACAUAUUAAUAAGAUGAUACUCAAAAAUCUAGAAAAAAAAAAAAGAAUGAAGUCAAAACUAACUCAAAUUCCUUCUGCACAUAUUUCAGAUACAUAUCAACCAUUUAAAAAAGAAAUAGAAGAUGCUGAAAAAAUAUUAUCACAAUCCGGUUAUAAAACUAAUUCCACCUAA